AUGUGGCGGGCUACGGCCGCGCUGCUGCUCGCUGCCGCAACGGCAGCCGACUGCCCGCCACCGGAGACCGUCGCGGCCAUGGUCGACGCCGCGCUGUCGCGGCCGACGGGCAUCGGCCCCCAGCAAUGCUCCGAGCCCGUGUCCCUGCCGUUCCUCGCCGCGACGUACGGCUUCGCGCUCGUCGCCGGCGACGCCGUCGCAUCACCGCGCGGCGUCGCGGUCGCCGUCCGGGCCUGCGCGCUCGCCGCGGAUCGGCCGCCGGCUCCGGCCGCGUGCGGCGGCGUCGGCCUCGCCGCGACGGUCGCGUCGGAGACCGCGCGCGUCGCCGGCGCGGUCGCCUACGACGGCGCCUGCGGCUGGACGGCGACGUUCGCCGGCGCGCCGGCGAACGCGACCGUCGAGACCCGCGUGGAAGGCUUUGUCGAAAUUGUCCACGCGGAGCAGUUCGGACGCGGCGACCCGGUCCCCUUCUCGGAGGCGACGUUCGCGGGCGAGGUCUGGGCGGGCGGCGACGCCCUGGACUGGGCCGGCGACGCCGCCUGGGACGAGGCCGACGUCUUCGGCGCGCGGGCCGACGCGCGGAAGCCGCGGGGCCGCGUGGGCCGGCGGUGCCGCCUCUUCGCCGCGGUGCCGGCCGCGCGCGAGGCCGCGGCCGGCGGCGCGGCCGGC